AUGGAUACCAUAGAUGUGAAACCUGAAAAUUUUGAUGGCCAAAACUUUAGGAGAUGGCAAAAACAAAUGAGGUAUUGGCUAACUAUCUUAGGGCUAGUUUCCACCUUAGAAGAUACAACUAGUGAGACUCCUUCAAAGAAAACCACACUUACAAUUUCCACUCCCACUAGUGAAACACAAAGCUCAAAAUCCACCACUCCUAAGAUGACAAAAGAUGAAAUAGAAUAUCAUUGUCACAAUAGGAUUCUUAGCACCCUUUCUAAUGAUCUCUACGAUGUCUAUCGUGAUACCACUAGUGCAAAGAGCCUUUGGGAAGAGUUAGAAGCUGAGUAUGGGUUAGAUGAUGCAGGCAUAGAUCGUUUUACUGUGUCAACCUUUAACAGCUACAAAAUGGUUGAGGAGAAAACCGUGAGUGUGCAAAUCCAUGAGUUUAAAGACCUCUUAAGAAAAGUAGAGUCAAAGGGAACGAAGUUUACCGAAGAAUUCAAAGUGUCUUGCCUCAUAGAUAAACUACCCCCUAGUUGGUCAAACUUUGCCAAGAGUCUUAGGCACAAACACGGAGAGUUAACCUUAACCAAAGUGUUUAACAACCUUAGGGUAGAUGAGAAGCAUAGGUUAGAGGAGCAGAUUGAAGAAGGAAAAUCUAAGGUGAAUCUAGUGGAGAAUUCAAACAAUAGGAAUAGGUUCCAACGUAGAAAGAAUUCCUUCAAGAGAACCAAUAGAAACAAUUCCUUCCACUAA